AUGAAGCUCUUAAUCCUCUACGUAAUCAUCUCGGUGGCUUUAUUUCCAGCGUUGGUCCGAUCUCGACAGAUCGAAUGUGACCCGUUGAGUGGGAAAUCCAUGACGGUGGACAGAAAGAAAUCUUGAAAAUGAGGUCAUCAAGUUUGGAUGUGGUCAGCCAGCCGUAGGAUUCUUCAAGCGUCGAGAUAUAUAAGCUACGAUGCAUUGAAGGACAACUUACAAGACAAGCGACAUGGUCAACCGGAUCCAGGUGGACGGGAUCACCCAUAUCGAAGAGGUUGUCUUGUCUCUACAAAUUGUCACCGGUUUACGGAUUAA